UAUCCAUUCUUCAUUUUUAUACACACAAAGUAUCCCCCUUUUUCUAAAUUUAGAUAAAGUUCAUUCACCAUUACCGGUUUCUGUCGAUUUCAUAGCCACGUUCUUCCAUUCCGAUAAUCGAAUCCCGAUCCUCAAUAUAUGUAAGCAGUUCCUAUGAUAUUCGGUCGAUUAACAAUCACGUAUCCCGUACUCGUUUGAAUUUGUUUGAUCAUAUUCGGUUCAAUUCGAAUUGGUGAUCGAAUACAUUAUAUUUAGGGUUUAGUGAAUAGUGAUUGAUUUUUGAGGAAAUUAGGGUUUGACGAGCAUCGGAAAUGCAUCCGGUGCCUUCACUUGAAUUACUUACCCUGCUAUUUGGCGGUUUUUCGUGUUCUCAUCGUUUGAAACAUCGUCUUGAUAAAAGUAAUCGUCGUGGUAAUCUUAGCUAAAAAUCACAUUCUUCUAGUCACUAGCGCCUAAAUCAGAAUCAGAAUCAGUCAUUUAGUUUCCUUGAUUUCUUCUUUUGUUUGUGUUUUUAUCUCUCGCGUUUUUCAUCGUUGUCAUCAUAAUUCUGUUAUUUCGCGGUAAAUCAACUCUAUUUGUUGAUCGGAGACCUCCGUUUGACAUCCCGGAUCGUUUGGUUUCACGCUGCACAGAGUUUUGCUUGGACAUCCCUGAUUUGAAGGAAAAGUUGAGUUCCCUGUUGAUGCAAAUGGACGUUUGUUCUCACAUCAGUUUCCCAGUUAAUGAUGUUAGCAGCAGCAUUCAUGGAUUCUGUUUGGAUACAACCUUUGAGUCCACUUAUGGACUUGCAAGUGGUUUUUCUGUGGAUGAACUUGCAUUUGGAGCAACUAAGUUUCUGAAUAUCCAAGAUGACAUUGACAUACAAGGAGUUUCAAGUUCAAAUGCUCCAUUCCCACCUAAGGGUUUGAAGCCUGUAUCUGCCAUGAAAGGCACCCGUGAGAAACAUGGAGCGGAUCCACCUAAGAAGUUGAGCGUGAAGUGGGCCCCAGAUGUGUAUGAUCCGGUUCCUUCUUUGCCAUCGGACACAGUAAUAAGUAGGCCACGUAAGCAGCAUGGUAAAAAGAAGGGCACGAGUAGUAGUAAGGAGAAAAAUAGUGAAAGUAAAUCAUCACGAGGGAGUAAAAGUAAAGGGAAAGACAAGAAGCAUGGUACUCGUAAAAGAAGUGGGAAAUCUUAUGACUUGGAUUUUUGAUUUGUGUAAAAGUGAAGAGAAUGACUCACAUCCCUUUGUAUGUAUAUUAGUAAUAAAACUAUAGAAUGCAAAACAUCAAGACAUUAAAAAUUGCUAAGGAUAUGAUGAACAAGAUGAUGUUUUUUUUUUUUUGCCAUGUAGGAUGACAUGUACAUGCCAAAUCAUCAAGGCAACCGGUAUACCGUAUACCUAGGGUGUAUUUGGAUUUGAGUUUCAAUACAAAAAAACAUUGUUACAA